AUUCACUACGUAUUAUUCUUUUCCUCUGUGAGCCUUAUCACCUAUCACGCAAACUGUCGCUAACCGUGACGCUACCUUUCAUAAGUAAAUGGCGCAAGUGUUUGCCGAUAAAACAAGCGGCCCAUUAUCUUGCCAACAAACAGACGCCCAUAAUGAACCGCACGGCGGUUCUCGGUGUGAGUAUGGUACAUAAAUUCAACUCUUCUUCUUAAAAUAAUCUUUAAAAUCUUUGUGCACGAUAAUGUUGCCUUCAACUUUGCACAGGUAUCGAUAAUCCAUCCAUGUGCAUGCUUAGAUGGAGUUCAAAGUUGGCGUUAAGGCUAAAACAGGAUUAUGCUUAGCGGAGCGUCGCUAUCAUUCUAUGACAAAAUGGUGUGCGACGGUCUUAUCAACUCACAUUUACUAAGAACCGACUGCAACCCGAACAGUGAGUUAUCGGCUACUGGGAGAUUUUCGUAGAUAAAUUGUUCCAAUUCCUUGGCGAGCUACAGUAAUACAAUUCGUGCCGUGAGCAACGCAGGAACAAAGUUUUCGUAGCUUUUCAACGACGGUCCUCUCUUCGGUUUGUUGACUCAUCAUGGGUGACAUGGGUGGUUAUCCACGUUACGGUUUCCAACCUAAUUACUUAUCUAAUCCGGCCGACUUAACGUACGGUCCAACUGAGACACCGGCAGCUACCAUCAUCCCCGAAGGUGUGCCAUCGUCUGCCUCUUCUAGUUCUUUCCAUCCCGAUUCCGAUGCGCCACUGAAGCCGAACACUUUUGGUUCUCAUUUGACGAAAGAACUCGCUGGCUGCUGGCAAUACUGCAACAUAAAUGGACCAUUCCCGCCCAAUAUGGUACGUGCCGGUAUCGAUACAGAUGGUGACGUCAUCUACGUUGGUCGGGCCUUCCACGAAGGUGACAUGAUUCCGGCCAAGGUAAUUCCCACGAAGAACCUGGCGUUCGUCUGCUACGGUGGAGAGGAAAUCUUGAAGGAGGACUUCGAAGUGCUUCGAUAUGGAGCAUUUGUUUGGGAGUUCGCGACCGCCGGUUCGGUACCGGUUACGGCCGUCAGAAUCGGUGCGACGGCCGAUGGUGAGCCGCUGUACAUGGGGCGCGCCAUUCACAAUGGAUCCCAGACACCGGGAAAGGUACAACCGUCUCACGGCUGUUGCUAUAUUCCGUUUGACGGAGAGGAGGUUAGCAAGCCCGAAUACGAGGUUCUGUGUGUCCGAUGAGAUAAGAUGGCCAUUAGCUUAAACUAAUGGUACUCCUGGCAAUCCGUGCAAAUAGGCAACAGUAAAUGAAUAUAGAUAAAAUGCGCAACUACUA